GCGUUUGAAAUCGCAGAGACGAAGUGGAUUAAUCAUGAAAAUGAUAACGAUAACGAUAGCGAUAAUGAUAAUGACAGCGACAAUGACAAUGAUAAUCAAGGCCCGGUUCCUGAAAGGCCGAUUAGCUUUAAUCCAAGAUUAAAAUUUUGUUCCAUUUCUGUAUUUUUAUUCCUCUUCAUUGCUUUGGGUAACAUUUUGUGUUAUCAUUAGUGUAUCUCUUGGUAAAGGCUCAACAGUGUUUUGUAACCUCGAGUUGUUCUUAGACGAGAAAACUGUGAUUGAGGUUUGGCUUAAUCCUGGCUUAAACUUAACCAUCUUUCCAUGAACCGGGCCCAAAGGUUUAGUAAUGAUAAUGGUUAAAAAAAAAAUUAUGACAAAAUUAAAAAUAAAAAUGUUUACCUUCAGAAUAUUUGUAAAAUGAAAGGAGAUCCUUGCCCUGCUAGAGAGAAUAAAUCGUGUCAGGUAGGAUUCACGGACAAACGCUACAGAUGUGUCUGCCGUGAUGGAUACAGACAUGGAAAGCAUCCCAGUGAUCAGUCUGAUCAGUGUGUAGGUAAGAUACAGAGCUAGGAGACAAUAACUCAUUGUUCGUCAACCGUGACGCCCAAGCAACAACUGUGUGUUUAUCUAUUUGUUUUUGUAUCUAAAGCCGUCAGUCAAGUAAGCAGUGUCGUGUUAAACUGACAGCGUGUCCCUACUAUAAUAGCAUCAACGGAAAACCUAAUAUUAAUGUAAACGUGAUGAAAAAUGAUGGGAACUAUCACCAGCCACGUUAACUGAAGCUAACGAUGACUUCUACGAACGAUAUAUUUUAGCUCCAGAAAAUAUCCAAACCCUUCGACUUCCGUGAGGGCAACGGAAAUUCUCAGGAGAAUGGGGUCCAAAGGGAGGCAAUUUUCGAGGAGUAGGCGUGGCUUUUCGAGGUAUUGUUUCCGGAUUGUUAAGUUAUUAAAAAGUGACAGCUCCUCUGCUGAGCAAGCAGCCAUAUCUUUUACUGUUAACCGGCGCUUCAGAGCAAGAAUUGUUGUUUUAAUUGAGGAACUUUUUAAUACGGUCGGCUGAAUGCUUUUUUUCACGGCAUCGACACCUGAAUAAACGUCCAGUUAUCUAGCGGUUGCUUUUUUACACUAUUGUAAUAAUUUAAUUUACUUAUCACCUCCACCAUAUGGUACGGAACUUACAGAGCGGAGGAAAGGCAAAGACAGCACAUUCUCCUCAGUUAUUUUAAGACCCUGAGUUUGGGUUCGGCCGGGGUUUGAACCCGCGACCUCACGCUCAGCAGACCGGCGCUUUCCCAACUAACCUAACCAGGCGGCGGUAUAAUGGUUGUAAUGAGGUUGCAUAUUCUAAACUUUCUUCUACGCGAAUUGCCUUUGAUUGGUUAAUAAGGCUGAAAAAAUAUAAUGAUAUAUCUUCUACUAGCGCCUGUUUUCAGCUUUCCACUUUAUGUUCUUGAUCAAUUGCAGAUAUUGAUGAAUGCCAUAACGAUAUCCUUGACUGCCAGCAAGGUAUUAGCUGAAAGCAAGAGGAAAUUGUGUGAAUUAUCUUGACCUAACAUUACUCUAUUUAGUUUCUAAAUUGGGUUGAAAUCUUUGGGGAAAUUCAGACGCCGUAUCACACAAGAAUUUAAUUUUGAAUUUUUAGGAGGGGAAAAAACCCCUUCUUAUAUAAAUAAUAGUAUGAACUUGCUCAUUUAUUUGUGAGGCAUAUUUUAAUCAAAAUAAAUAUCAUUAGAGUUAUUUCAGCUCUCAGGCUGAAAUCAGAAAAGAAAAAAAACAACAACACAUUGCCAAAUUUGCAGUAUUCUCUCACGCACUUAUUAGUAUACAGAUUUACUACUAGUAUGCUCAUGGAGGAAGCUUUGUCGUUAGGUGCAUUGACAAACGCGGCAAACCGGUUAAUUUUUCGUUAAAGGAUUAGUAUUAAACUAAUCGCAAGGAGUCGGCAAAGGUAUCGCUCGAUGACCAAAGGAGGCGAGGUGAAAAGAAUUAUAAGAUGAGAUUAAAAACCUAGAAAAAAAGGGUGGUAAUAUACUUGCAUGCCAAGUUGGAAACAGACGUUGUAUCAUAUUAGCAACAUUAUAGUUAUCAAAUGUUAUUUGUUUUUCCUUCACUCUCAGUCCAAGCAUUGCUUAUACAGUACAUUAGCUCUGUUGUUUAUUUAUAGACACAGAAAACUGUGCUGCCCAGAAGUCAAACCGUUGUCCGCCAAACUCAGAAUGUGUGAAUGAGCCUGGUUCUUACCGUUGCGACUGCAAAGAUGGGUUUGAAAAAGUUGGAGCUACAUGUAAAGGUAAGCAUCGUGAUUAA